AUGGCGUUUCAACAGUCGGAUUUGCCGCCGCCGCUGCCCUUCGCUCACCCGGCAGACCUGGUGCGAGCACACCAAAAAGACGAGCAGUGCAGAGGUGAGCUGCGCCGCCUGGUUCUAGACGCGGUUGAAGAAACUUUCGGCCGCAGAGCAGCAGGAUGGCAGUCGACAGCUGGAGCAAUCGCUGACUACAUUUACACACUUUCUGCUGCAGUCCUGGCCGGCAACUCGUUGGGUGAAGAGUACUGCGAACUGCUUUCGGUAUCACCGGGGCUUCAGCCCACCAACUGGCGACGACGGCUUGCUGCUUCAACUCUCGGCGCAUUUUCGCCGGCCGUUCAAGCAAGACUGCCGCAGAGGUUGGCAACCCUGGCUUCCGUGUUCGUGCCAAUCUUGACACGACUGCAUUUGGCGUUUUUCUACCUCUUCGGCAGAUACCACAAUCUGACAGACAGGAUUUUCUCACUGCGUGCCGUGAGCAUGGCGGAGUAUCCCUAUCGAAACUUCAGCUAUCGAGCGCUUGGUGCGCUUCUGCUGGCACAAGUCCUGGGCCAGGUGGCUUUCAUGGCAGUGGAAAGGUGGAGAUCAAGAGUGCCACAAACGAAUGCUGCAGCUUCGAUGACAGGCAGCUGGGACACGAGUCACAGCCUGGCCCCACCACGUCAAGGGCAAGACGUGCAAGCUCCUCUGUGCAACAUCUGCAUGUGCCCGGCUGAGACCGUGACUUCUACACCGUGUGGCCAUUUGUUCUGCUGGGACUGCAUUGCAAGCUGGUGCUCUAUGAAAUCCUCAUGCCCUCUUUGCCGGGCGGCAGCACCGCCGCAGAAGCUUCUGCCUUUGCUUCACUAUGCCUCCACCAGACGUCCCGAGCGAAAGCCCGGCCCGGCCCUUGUUGCCAGCGCUCACCUGUCGGGAUUUGACAACGAUGUGAUGUCCGAUGCGAGCUAUGCCAUUUACCGCAGGAAGUUUGCCAAGUGUGCAGCUGCGUUGGAUGCCGCCGGCGGGCACAACAGCGUCCUACCAAGCACGCUCGUUUUUGGCAAACCCCCAGACGUCUCUGCUCUAAGCCCCCUCGACAAACCAAAUUGCAGUUCUGGAAUGCGGUUUCAGGAAGUGCUGUUGCAUCCAUUGUUCCUGGUGGGAACCAAGUCGCCAGAGAUGGCGCUGGCAUCAGACCUGAACAAGCUCAUACGAGUCGGCGCUUGCGUCCCAAUCGCUUGCAGGAAGACGUUCGCAGAUUUGGCCUUGCCGCGGCUGAUGGAGUGGCGACCCGGGAGCAACGCACACCAUCCCGGAGCCGGGCCCUGCGCCACAACUUCAAAAGCGAACAUCCUUGAGGCCAAAUGCCGGCAUCAUUUGCACUUCAGCAUCUUCUUCACCGAGUGCUACGGGGCCGUGGACGUGUGGCGCCUGAUGUCCGACAAGAGCUUCUUCCAAGAGCUAUUUGGUGCCCAGGUCAGAAGCUUACCCUUGGAUUGGCCUGGCGUGGCGCGACCAGGUUCGGCUCAGGCGGCUCUCCAACACUACUGGAAGUGCAAAGCUGGAGGUGGGAUGUACGUCGGAGCUUACUUCAAUGCUGUCUCUGAACUCCCUAUGGGCUACGAGCUGGGCAUGUGCCUGCCAUCACUGCACACAAGCUGGAACCCUGAAAGAGAGGCGCUAGUGAAAUGGUGGCUGGCCUCCCAAAUGGGGACCUGGUACCCAGAGCUCGAGAUAGACGCCGGUAGCCUCAAGAUUACCGAGCUCGCACACCGAUCGGAAAUCCCGGUGGACUGGGCCAUCAUCGGACUCGGGCGCAGCGGCACCACCUCGCUGGCAGCUUGGCUGGACAUGCAUCCAAGACUGGAGCUGCUGCGCGACCGCAGCGACUCUUUCAAUGAAGGCUCCUUUCAAUACUUGUUCCGGCGGUCAAACCUGGAGCACCUCGUCAGUCGACAGAGCCUGCAGAGGCCCAGCGAGAGGCCCAGCGAGAGGCCCAGCGAGAGGCCAGUCAAAGGCGAGCGACGAAGCAGAAGAAUCUUAGCAGGCUUCAAAGAGCCAACUCUACUGCAGUCGGAACGAGGGAGACUGAUCUUGGCCGAAAUGAAGCGAGUGAAGCUGUUGGUGGUCAUCAAGAAUUGGGCGGAUUGGCUGAAAAGCCACCUGCUCUUUGCCGGGACCACUACUUGCUUUCCGCGUAUUCUCGCACAGCUUGGCGAAGCUUCGGGUAACCUCUCGUGCCGCUUUUCCUUUGAAACUGGUCAUGUCGUGCAAAAGAUGCAGGACUUGGAAUCGAAAGGAGUGCCUGGUCAUCAGAUGAAGCUGGUGCACCUGGACACUUUACUGGAGGAGGGGCCUGCAUCCCUCCAACGCAUCGCUGCUUUCCUCGGAGCUGGCCCGGCCAACCACUCCACUGAAUGGGCUGCAGCGCUGCCAUUGCAAGCCAAUGUUGCAAGCGACAGUGAGGCUGAGGCAGCAUUCUGGAAGGAUUGGUGCGAGCUGCCUCAAGACCUGGCGCAGCAGCUUGAGCGACGACGGCAGGCUGCAACAGCUGGGGUGCCGCAGCUUUUACGAAGAAGUUCA